UUCUGUUUUCUUUUUCGAAAAGAGAUUAGCUGAUAAACUUCAUAAACCAAAAAGAAAAGAAACAAUAACAGAAAUAUUAAGAUUUAGUGUAAGGCAGUUAGAUCGUUUCAAACAUCCCAAGAUGUUAACGCUUUAUCACCCAAUCGAAGAAUCCAGUGAAACUCUAGCAUUCGCCACUGAACCUGUAUUGGGAAGUUUAGCCAACAUCCUGGGAUGUUUGGAAGAAAGAUUACCACAAAAUCUCCCAUCGUCCGUUAGAGAUUACACCUUCUUAGACAUAGAGAUUAAAUAUGGCCUCCUUCAGUUAACUGAAGCGUUAUCCUUUCUUCAUUAUUCCUGUAAAUUAAUUCAUCGGAAUUUAUGUCCACAAUCUGUGAUCAUCAACAGGCGAGGCACUUGGAAAUUAUCAGGAUUAGAGUUUGCUGAAAAAUGCAAUGAAUCGGACUUAAUGAGUCCCGUGCCUUGUCAGCCGUUUACUUCUAAGUUACCGAAAAUGGGCCAGCCUGAUAUAGAUUUUACAGCACCUGAGGUACAAGCGACAUCGACCUGCUCACCUUUAAGUGAUAUGUUCUCUUUAGGACUAUUAAUAUGUGCCAUAUUUAAUAAUGGAAGAUCAUUAAUCGAAGCGAAUUUAAGUUCAACAAAUUAUAAUAAACAAUUAGAUAUGUAUUUGUGGCUAUCAGGAGAAGGCCUUAGUCUGUGUGAUCUUUAUCAGCUAGAGCACACUUUGCAUGACUUGUUGGAUAGAAUUCCUCAUCAUCUGCAAGAACCACUUCAAGGAUUACUACAAAUGGAGCCAUGGAAGAGGCCAAAUGCACAGAAUUUCUCAAUGAUCAAAUACUUUAUGGAUCCAGCUGUACAUGCUCUUCAAUAUUUAGAUGUUAUACAGAUGAAGGAUUCCACACACAAAUCUCAUUUUUAUCAUAGUUUAAAAGGUGCUCUACCAACAAUUCCUAGGAAACUUUGGUAUCAACAUGUUCUUCCAUCUUUGAAGGCUGAAUUACAAUCACCUGAAGUAUUGGCAGCCGCUCUUCAGCCUUUAUUAUUCAUGAUUGAAGAAAGCACACCAGAAGAAUAUCAGAGCUUAAUUCUUCCUGUAUUUAGAAGUGUUUUCGGUAUGCCAAAAUCAGUACAGGCAACCGUAACUUUAUUAGAAAAUCUCGACAUUAUUAUGAGUAAAACACCGAAAAGUGAUAUAAAAGCUGAAGUAUUGCCAAUGCUUUAUAAUGCAUUUGAUUCGACAACGCCUCAAAUUCAAUGUGCUGCAUUGCACGCAGUAGCUCAAAUUGCUGAUUACUUAGAAGAAACAGCUGUUAGAAAAAUGGUGCUGCCCAGGACCAAGCAAGUAUUUGAAAAUAAUUCGGGAGUUAAGGAAGAUUGCAUUAUUCAGGUGCAGGCCAAUGCUCUUACGUGUGUUGAAAAGAUUAUCGAUAAACUGGAAAAAACUGACAUCUUGGACGAAGUAUUACCGAUGUUAGGUAAAGCAAAGUUACAAGAUCCAAUUAUUCUUGUACCAGUUGUAAGAAUUUACAAGCAUAUGCUCGGUGAUAAAAGGUACGGUUUGACAGUAAAUCUUCUGGCAACUAAAGUGAUGCCUGCCUUAAUUCCAGUAGUAGUAAGUCCUGUUUUAAAACUUGAUCAGUUUACUAGUUUAAUCGAAUUAUUGGAAGAAAUGCUUCAACAUGUUGCAAAAAGCCAAAGAAAUAAGUUGAAACUAGAAAAACUCUCUAUACCUUCCACUGACAUGUUGCCAGUGCAAUUACAAUAUAGCAUGGAACAAUCAACUGGUUAUCCUCACAGACCACCAUCUCUUCGUCUGGAAUCGCGAAGAACUUCGAUUAGUGUCGAUGACGUUGUAAGAAGAACAGCAAGUUCCGCGUCAUCGUCACCUGAUUCUAAUCUACUGCGGGUUCAAGCUAAUUUGCCAGGUCGUCGGCAUUCCGAUAACACUAUCCAACCUCCUAGAAUCCUCAUUGCACCCUGUAGCCCAGAAGGGACCCUUUCAAGAGGUCCUAGUGCGGGUAUGUUACCAGUAAGACGACACUCCAGCGUGGGACCACAAGAUAGUAGAUUCCAUUUUUCGUCGCCAAAAGUUUCGUUUCCCGCUUUUACUGGAUUUUCUAAUAGCAAACCAAUGCAGGAUACAAAAACAAGUCCUAAUCUAGGUGUAGACUUCUUUAGUUCGGGUAGAUCGGGUAUGAGACGUUAUUCUGCUGCAGCCAUAUGCGGUGCUGGACUUGGUGGUGGCACAAGUCCAGCAAAUCAAGCAUCUAGCUUUCUGCAGCAAAUAGGAUCAGGUGUACAACAAUUGUUCGGAAAAUAAUUAUGAGGAUGGUGCAAAUGUACGCACAAGUUCAUGCUUUACAAGUCAAAUAACCGACUUACUAGAGACGUGAUUUUGCAACCUGCUGAUGGAAUUAACGGUUUAGCAAUACGGUAAACAGUUGAUUCAAAGUAAAACGAAUAUUGUGGGAAAAUAAAUAAAUAUAAUAAUAAUAAUAAUAAUAAUUGCAAAAAACGUGAUCCAAGUUUACCGUAUGAAUCAUCAUAAAGGACGGAGAUUUUGAAGUAUAUGUGUAAAUCUCAUAUCCCUCUUUGACAAUCCAGUCAACCUCAAAUCUCCCUGCAUAGGGAUGUGAUGCAAACAUAUGUAAAAUUAUGUAUGUAUGUACGUUAUUUUUGUGUAUUGUGUGUAUAUAUAUACAUAUAUAAAUAUAUAAUUUGUAUGUCAGUUUCUGUCGAAUUUCAAAAAUGGCAAAGAGAUUUCUCCCUUUAGUGAAUGCAUUAAUUAUUAACAAUUUUUCAAACCUUAAAUAAAUGUUUCAAAUGGAAAUUAUAUAUAUAUAAAUAUACAGUAUAUAAAAUGCGUAAAAUAAUUAUUCAUUUUCUAUGUCAUUUGUACAAAGCUAAACAUGAACAUAUCACCAAAGAAUUAAAGUAAAUUGAUCAAAACAAAAACAAAAGCAAACGAAAAUAAAUGCAAAUUAUUUAACUGUAGAUUUGAAAUUCUCUCAACUGAAAUCUAUGUGUGAUGUAACCAUUCUAAUAUGUUUGUAAUUCUGUAAAUACCGAAAAGAAUUUAAAGAUUAUUACACAAAUAUUUAAUGUAUCUGAAAGAGAGUUUAUGCAUGUUGUGUGCAAGACAGUAAAAUUGUUG